UCUUGGCUGAGGGGAUCCACACCCACCACCCUUGGGUCUCGCAGCGGUCACUCACUCCACAAUGUCCGUCCGCCCGCUGUCUAGGCUGCCUGGCCUAUCUGUAUAUAGCAUCAUGGUCCCUCCCAUUCAUCCAGCUGCCGCUGUCGUCUCGAGUCAUCUAUUGUUGUACAUGAAACUGGAGUGUCGAGAUCUGAUACCUACAUACUUCCAGUCAUCUAUCUAAUAUACUAUACUCCACCACUACAACAUCACCCUCGACCUCGCUCAAUACUCUCGACCCGCAUACCAACCAGCACGGGAUUCACAUCACUUACACGACAUUGACGGUGACACAACAACUGGCUGUCGACAAGAUGCACGUCCUCGGCCACAGCUUCUCACAGAAGCGCAAGGAUUCAAAACGUCCUCGUGACCUCCACAUUCGCAAGAUCUCCUUCUCAGGGUCAACACUCUCCGGCUGCUCCCUGUCCUCCUCCGACUCGACUGCCUCAGUCGUGACCGCCAUCAUCCCUCGAUCACAACAAUCUGGCAACGUAUAUCAAACAGCACCACCUAGGCUACACGAGAGGCCCUUCAAACAGACACUCUCGCCACAACAACCCACAUACGACGUUGCUGUCGAGGACAGCGAUGGGGACAGCUUCGACGACACGGAGGAGGAAGGCGACGACGACGUGGACCUGAACCAGUUCGUCAUGGAGAUGCCACCGCACGCGAGCCCAGCAGAGGACGCGUGCUCCACCGACGCCACACCAGAUGCCGCGACGGACUACUUCUUCUUCCGCCAGCAAGCACAGCGCCCCGGGAUGCAGUCGCGGUGGUCCGAGUCGACCAUCCAGACCAUCCGGACCAUGGACGGUCUGCCCACGCCCGCCGCCGAGGAGCAGGACGACGAGAACAGAAUUUCCGUCAUGGACACGCCCAACUUUAGCUACAAGCGUGCCGUCUCGACGCCGGCCGCCAUCCAACGACCCACCAUGAAGAAGCUCAACAGCGUCGAGGACUUUGUCAAGAGGGGCGGCUGGAAACGACGAGGCAUUGUCUUCCGCCAGGAGGAGGUCGAUGCCGAAGCGUCGGUGUAAUUUUUCGACACACCGACAUUAUUCUCCACCACGGACCUUUUUUUCAUCUUGUUUCUUUUUUUUUUUUUUUCCACUUGUCACGAUAUACUACGGUCUUUCAUUAUCUUGCUGUUGGGUUUCAAGCAUGGAGUACUGGCAUCAUUAUGCAUGGGGCAUGCAUGGUAUGAUAUCAAAAGACUGGGAUUCUCUCUGGGGCCACGGGGCACGUUCUGUUUUACCAAGAUACCAACCACCACAGGCAGUGGUCUUUCUGUUACACGGGGGAUAUACGAUGGGGAGGCUUCUUUACGAGACACAUAUUUUAUCUCUUUGUAAUCCAUAGUCGACGACUUUGCUCCCAAAAGAAUGGACGAGCUCACCUCUCAUUGAUCUGCUCAUUGUGUGAUUUCGUGACUCUUGCCAGCUAGUAGUCUUCCAUGUGGAGUUGUUACAAGUGCUCACGGGCACUCCG